CCUAACAAAAAAAAUCUGUUAUUCCAAAAAGAUAUAUUUUCUGAUUAUUCUCUUUCUACAACCAAAAAUCCUAAUCCUUAUUACAAAGGUUUGACUAUGGCGGAUGAAAACAUUACCAACGGCGAGGUUUAUGACGAUGCGCCGGUGGAGAUCGCCGUCGACGAAACAUCUGACGCUGCGUCGAAAACCUCUGCACUGAAACAGAAGAUAGCGGCGCUGGAGCAAGAGAAAUCCCAGCUUUUUCACGAGAACGAUGUGAUCAAACAGAGAAUCGAGAAACUGAAGAGCUCAAUCGAGGAAUCUCAGAACGAAAAAUCCAAAUUGCUGAAGAAGGUGGAAAACUUCGAGUCGGAGAACAAGGUUUUAGGAUCAGUAGCCGCCAGAGCCGCCGAGCUGGAAACUGAAGUCUCUCGCCUUCAACACGAUCUCAUCACGGCUAUGAAUGAUCUAGAAGGCUCCAAUUCCGAGCUCUCAGGGGCAAAAUCGACAUUAGAGGGUUUAAAGAGCAGCGAAAAUGAGAAGACCGUGAAACUGGACGCUAUUGAGAGCGAAAGGAAUCUGUUAUUAUCGAAGUUGGAAAAACUAGAAGCGAGUGGAAAUAAUCAGAGAGGAGAAGUAGAAGUGAAAGAAGAAGAAAUUAGGGGAUUAAAGAAGCAUAUUGAGGAACUUGAGGGUACUGUUGUGAAUAAUGAGGAAUGGGAAAAGGAGAAGAAAGAGCUUCAUAUGGUGAAGGAGGAAUUGGAGAAGAGGGUUAAGGAAAUGAUUGCGAGAGCAGCUGAGCUGGAGAAGAAAUUGGAGGAAAAAGAAAAGGUUAUUACUGAAAGGCUUGUGGCUAGCAAUAUUAAUGGCAUUCCUGUUGGUGAUUAUGAUAAGGUUGGUUAUUUUGGUGCUGAAGUGAAUUUGCCAGUGGUGGCUGCUUCAUCAGUUGUUGCAGUUGCUGUGAUUGGAGUUGUUUGCUAUCUUAAAUACGGACGAACAGCGUAAACCCUUAGCUUGGUCUUAAAUAAGUUUACAAUUUUGAUAGCGCUUUUAUUAUCUUGGGCUAUUAGUUAACUUUUUGAUCUUACUCGAUAAUAGAUUUAAGGUAUUAUGGUUAUUAGCUAGUGUUGUUGAAGUAUGUUUAUUCGCUAAGCUGGAGUUGAUUGACAUAUUUUUAUUGGUGCUUCUUUACUCAUUUCCAGGAGUUUGAAUACAAUGGUUUUGUUGUUUUUGCGAUGUUGUGUAAUUGCUCAAAGAGUUGCUGAAUCUAUAUGUAGUAAUGUGUUUGUGUUGAA